CGGCGGGAGCGGGCGGGGCGCGGCCUGUGCGCGAGGAGCCGUGUGGCGGCGCGCGGGCUCUCGGUGUCUCCGGCCGGACCGGGCCCAGCGCAGCCCCAGCCCCGUCACGGGCCCCGCCGCCCGCCCGCGACCCCGCCCGAGCCCGCCCGGCCCCCGGCCCGCUCAAUGCACAGGGUGUUCUGUUGGAGGAUACUUGGCACAUUUAUGGCGAUUCUGAGCAUCAGGGCAGAAUUCUGCCAGGCCCAGCACAGCACCCUGGCUGCCAAGUGAGCUCAGGGCUCUCCCCACGUCUGCCUGCGUGCCAGAAUCCCUUUUUUUUUUUUUAUUUUUCUUUUUCUUUUUUUUUUAUUUUAUUUUCUUGGCCUUCAAGACUCUGGGAAACGCAGCAGGACACAGAUUGAUGCUGACAUUUAUGGGAUAUCUCCUUCCCCUUGGGAGCUGUCACUGAAAACCUGCCCUGAUUUCCUCACCUCAGCAGUGCCUCCAUGUAGAACAGCCCCAGCCUUGCCUGCAGUGGGAAUUUUGGGAGCCUGAAGGAUUCCACCCCCAGCAAUUGAGGAUUUGGAAGCAAAUUUGCUUUUUCUAGAAAAAAAAAACCAAACCAAUCCAAGCAAGCUCUGAUCAAUCCCAACCACACUGGUGAUCUUUUUGAUGUUUUCUGCUGUGAAACGUUUCCAAGGUCAUUGAUUUAUUUUUUUCCCCCCUUUAUUUUUUUUUUUUUAAUUUCUUUAUUUUCUUUUAUUUCUUUUUUAUUUUAUUUUUUUUUUUUGGCCCCCCACACACACAUUUUUUUUUAUUUUUGGCCAUUAUGAACCGUCCAGCCCCCGUGGAAAUUACUUAUGAAAAUCUUCGAUUCCUGAUCACUCACAACCCAACCAAUGCAACCCUCAGCAAGUUCAUCGAGGAGCUGAAGAAAUAUGGGGUGACAACUUUGGUGAGAGUUUGUGAUGCCACUUAUGAUCAAGCUCCAAUUGAGAAAGAAGGAAUCCAAGUUCUUGACUGGCCAUUUGAUGAUGGAGCUCCACCCCCAAGUCAGAUUGUGGAGGAUUGGCUGAACCUCCUGAAAACCAAAUUUCGGGAGGAGCCCGGGUGCUGUGUGGCUGUUCACUGUGUGGCUGGGCUGGGCAGGGCUCCUGUUCUGGUGGCACUGGCUCUCAUUGAAUGUGGAAUGAAAUAUGAGGAUGCAGUUCAGUUUAUAAGGCAGAAAAGGAGGGGAGCUUUCAAUUCCAAGCAGCUGCUUUACCUGGAGAAAUACAGACCCAAAAUGAGAUUACGCUGCAAAGAUGCCAACGGUCACUGCUGUGUUCAAUAAAUAAAUAAACACCCAAAAAACCCCAAAAAUUUGAGAUAUUCAUCUCAAAAAAAACAAAAAAAAAGAAAUAAGCAGGAAUUCUCUGGACUUUGGCACCUGGAAAUGUGAAUUUGGAAUCAAAAAAUGAUAAAAAAAAACCAAAAAAAUGAAAUUAAAUUAAAUGUGGAGUUGGUGCUCCUCAAUCUCUGGUGUUAAAAAUAAAAUGAAAAAAGGGUGGUGAUGAUUGAGAGUUAAGUACCCCAAAAUUAAAAGUAUAUAAUAAUAAUAAUAAUAAUAAUAAAAAAACCAAUUAAGAGCAACAUUUCAGUGAAGGAUUUUCUCCUUCAAACCUGUGAGGAGAAAAGCAGUUUGUGAACCUUCUGUAUUUUUAACUUUUUAAGAAAAAGAAAGAAAUAAAAUCAAUUUAUGUGGAAGGAAAAGCA